UAUUUAAUCUGUAGAGGGAAUGCAGGCCGGUGUUUCAUUUGGUUGUUUAUUUUUUUUCAAUCAAAAACGUUUAUUUUAACAGUGUAAUAUAAUGCGAAGCAAUAAUGUCCGAGUUAUCACAAUAUAAAAAAGUAUUUCCCAUCGAUAGUAUACAAAAAGUAUACGAAUUGUUUGAAGAACAACUACGCAGUGACAAGGAGCCUGAUUUGGCUCUAUUUUCUAUCAUCGUCGGUGCAGUCGAGAAUAACUUAACUAAUGUUAAGAACUGCGAUAAAGAUGUAAACAUUAUUAACGUGUUGACAAAUAAGCUUGCCAAGAUUAAGUUUCCAUGCGUAGAAUGGGAGGAAGUGGAGGGUCUGCACGAGCGGUUCGUGUCUUUGAUGCGCAGCGGCGUGGACGCGAAGCUGCUGGCCGGCGAGUGUGCGACCCGCGAGCUGGUGAAGCGGGUGGCCGACGUGGUGUGGAACUCGCUGACGCGCAGCUACUACAAGGACCGCGCGCACUUGCAGUCCAUCUACAGCUUCCUCACUGGGAACAAGCUUGACUGCUUCGGCGUGGCUUUUGCCGUCACCGCGGGAUGCCAAGUGCUUGGCAAGCGGGAUGUGCACCUUGCGCUGUCUGAGGAUCAUGCUUGGGUAGUGUUUGGGAAAGACGGGACUGAAACAGCAGAGGUGACAUGGCACGGAAAAGGCAAUGAAGACAAGAGAGGCCGCUCCGUAGAGGAUGGAAUGCUGGCCCGUUCCUGGCUGUAUGUAGCGGGCAAGCCUGUGGUGUGCAGCCGGCUGAUGGAGCUGGCGGCGCUGGUGUCUUCCAUCAACAUCACUCUCACACCGACCAUUGAUGUUCAUGAAGUGGCACAAAUGCAGCACAGGCUACUCUGGCUUCUUUAUGAGAAUGGAUGCCUAGACAUGUACCCAAUGGCGCUGGGUAACCUCGGUGAUUUGGACGAGUACAUGAAACUAUCAAACUGCUCCGAUCAGUCAGAAAAUACACUUCCAGAAGACAACUCCAAAAGUGCCUCUAGACCGGACUCAGCUGCCUUAUACACCCAAGCAAUCCGUUCCUCAAGAACACACUAUGAGGACCGGCAUGUGUACCCAUACACGUUUCAGGGAGGGUAUUACCAUCGGCAUAAGAUGUACAAGGAAGCGUUUCAUGCUUGGGCGUGUGCGGGUGACGUCAUUCGACAUUACAACUAUUCUCGGGACGAUGAAGAAAUCUACAAGGAAUUUUCAGAAAUCGCCAACGAGCUAAUACCCCAGUUAAUGAAGGUUGAGAGCUCCGGACAUUCGGCGCGGUCGAUUCUUAAAGAUCCGGAAUGUUUUGCUUCCCUUUUAAGAUUUUACGACGGAAUAUGUAAAUGGGAAGAGGGCAGCCAGACGCCCAUUCUGCACAUAGGCUGGGCAAAGCCACUAGUCAGCACCAUAUCCAAAUUCGACGCGGAAGUUCGAGCGCAGGUCCACAUCAUAUGCAGCCUCGACGACUCCGCGAAAUCCGAGUCCGAAAGCAAAGAGGAGGAGAACAAAUGGAAUAACAACUCGGAGAGCGGGGAGCUAUCCGUCCGGGACCAGCUCACCGCGGCCGUCAACAGCCGGCCACGAGUCACCCUGCACAGCCACAAGAUGGCGGCACUGCAGCCGUUGCUGCUAGCCGAGCGGCUAAAUACGCACGCGUUGCAGCUGCAGCUAACGGCGCAGAGUCAGCUGCAGCGGCCGCAAGCGCCCGCUAAGCGGCGGGACGAUGACGACGCUAAUACUAGUCGCGCUAAGCGCGCCAGGCGCGAGCGCUGAGCGACUACAUCCUUCAUGUAAGU